AAUUUUUCAUAAAAUUUGCCAAAGGUCUCUUUUGAGUGCACUUUUGUUUGUUCUAUCAGUGUUAGUCUAGUUCCUACAUUGUCUGUAAAUUUUUAGAAAACCUCUGCCGGGAAAUCCAAAAAUGCAAUUCAGCAACGUCGCGACCUUUCUGAGUGUGAUUUACAUUGCAUUCGCAUCGCGUAACGUCGAUGCCUUAAGCGGCGUCCUGGCUACGCGCCAUGCCGCCCACGAAAGCGGUUCCUGCGAACUGCCAUCCGCUUCCUAUGCCGUCCAGCAUCCCGUGGCCCUAGGUGACAUCGACGCACUGCAGCACCUCAAAUACAAACCCGGCAUGUGCGGUCAGGUCUUGAGCGUUGACUGCGGCCACGGCGCCAUGGACAUCAUCGUCACUAACGCCAACCUGGGCGGCGGACUGGACUUGUACGCUUCGACUUGGGACCGCGCCACCGGGCGAAAGCCGCCGGGACAGACCAGCUGCUCCGUUAACCUUUCUACCCGCAGCGCAAUGAACACGAGCGGACCGCGGUGCUAUUAUGCUCCCAGUUCAGAGAAGAACAAUGCCUGGUUUAAAUUGUUGGGUGUAUUCAACACAAAUGGACGUAUUCCAGUCGGUGCAACAUUGGGCGAGAAAUCCGGCUCGUUCAACGGACUGCAACCGUACUUUGCUUUCCACGGUGGGCCGAUUGCCGGCAAUGCACAAGUGGUCUUCCAGUUUAGUGAUGGAUCAAAUUUCAGUACAUCAUUGGAGAACUGUAUUGCCGAGAACGGAAAGCAGAUGUGGAGUUGAAAGGUCAAUAUACUUAAAAACAAAACAAAAUCCUGGAGAAAUUGGUAUUCCGCAGACUAGUUUUACUUUUUUCUAGUGGAGUAUGCACUAGAGUACGAAAAUCAAUAACGUAUAUGUACAAGUAUUUGUAUAACGUAUUUACCAAGCAUCUGUUCUGUCUAUUCAGUUCUGAAAAACAUUCUCGUG